AAAAAGCUACUGGUUCAUUUAUCAGUAUGACUAUUUGUUCAACAAUUUUAUUCUUACGUUAAAGUUAACCAGUUUGUUUCUAGAUAUUUUAAAUGUCACGUAGAGGAUCAAAUGGAUUUAGAGAUGAAUUUGUUAUUAACGAAGCAGGGAUGAAACGAAUUGAUGAAUCUAUUGCUGAAAUUGCUAUCAGUGAAACUGUUAAUUAAAAAACUAGGUUUUGGAAAAUUUAGCCUCAAAGUAACAAUAAUAAGUUAUUUAAUUUAUUUAAAUUUGACGGUGGGAAUAAUAUCAACUGGCUUUGUACUUCCGGCAGCUGCUUGUCAUCUUAAAAUGAAUAUUGUUGAUAAGGGUUUAAUUACUACAGCAUUUUUCGUUGGUUCUUGUUUUAGUGCAGUGAUUAGUGGAUUUCUAGCAAAUCUUAAAGGUCGCAAAUGGAUUUUGUUAGUUGCAUUAUUUCUUCAAGGAAAUUCCGAUAUUUUACAAUCACUUUUAUCUAACUAUUGGAUUAUGUUUGGAUUAAAAUUUCUAUCUGGCGUUGGAUCAGCUGGUCAAAAUAUUGUUUUUACUUAUUUGAGUGAAUGUCUGCCAAUAAAGAAUAGAAGUUUUAUAUUAUCAAAUAUGGAAUUUUUUUGUAUUUUUGGGCAUGCUUUUGCAGCUGCUGUAGGAUUAGGUAUUAUUCCACUGAAAUUUGAUAUUGAAAAUAAUUAUUUUUCAUUUCAUUCUUGGAAUCUCUAUAUUAUAAUUUGUUCAUUACCUUCAUUUAUUCUUGGAUUUUGUCUAAUAUUUUUGCCUGAAACACCAAAAUAUCUCGCUGAAUGUGGAUCAAGAGAAAAAUUACUUCAAGUUCUCAUAGAAAUGUACGAGCAAAAUAAUGGAAAAUCAGGAAAGGAGUACAUAAAAAUAUUAUUAAAUAGUGAAAAUUCUGCACUAAUUGAAUUGACGCAUAAAAAUAAGGAGGAAAAUAAUAAUUUUAAUAAAGAAAAUAUAUUAAUUAGAAAAAUUUGUAACGAACUAAAGCAAUUAAUGUGUAUUUUCAAAAAACCAUUUUUAAAAAAUACUUUAUUUGCAUGUUUCACUGCAUUUACAAUAACAUCAUCAUUUUAUGCACUUUAUCUUUGGUUACCGGAAAUUUUUCAAAGAUUCGCAACAUUUGAUGCAAAAAAUAAAGGAAAAAAUUCCAAUUUUUGUACUAUUUCAAAGGAUACAUUUUCCUCUAUUCAAAAUAUGCACGGCUGUGAUACAACAAUAGAUAAAAAAGUAUUUAUAAACAAUUUGAUAUUGUGCUCAUCUUGUAUUCCCACAAUUAUCAUUGCUACAUUACUAGUUAAACGUUUUGGAUUAAAAAUUUUAUUAGUUUUAUGGUGUAUAUUAUGUAUGGCUGUGACUAUUGGUAUCUAUUUUUCAAAUUCAUUUUAUCAAAAUUUAAUUCUCUUAUGCUUGUAUUUAUCAUUUACAUCAACAAGCGUGACUCUUCAAUUUGCAUAUUUUGUAUCAAUAUUUCCAACAAAUUUCAGAUCUUCAGGUGUAAUUGCAACGAGUUUAUUAGUUCGCAUUGGUGCAGUUUUUGGAAAUUUUACAUUUAGUUUUCUUAAAGAUUACUGUCUCUAUUUUAUAAUAUUAAUAUGCUUAUUACUUUUGGUUGCAGCAAUAUCAACAAUAUUAAUUAGCGAGAGAAAAGAUGAAUAGAACAAUUAAAUUAUCAUAAUUAUUUAAGUUAUAAAAAAUAGAUUUGCAAUUUUUGUUGUUGUUAAUAAACCCCUUCGAAAUACAAUUUUUUUUACUCAAUAAAAAUUAAAAACAUCAUAUUAGUGUUCAUAGAUA